CUCCACGGCCCGCUGUGGCGUCUGUCACCUGGAAGUAGUCCUGCUGGGCGGGAUGACCGGAACAACAAGAUGGCGGAGAGUGAAGAGUUUCGGAUGCUUAAAGGUCACAUAUACUGAGGAAUUGUAAGGAAAAAGGAUAUGCACAUAAGGACAAUCCAGCAUGGAGCAUUAUAUCGAAGGGAGUCAGUCCUGUAACACAGACUUCAGCCUGUUGAGUGGUGGAACAGCCCUGUGGCACGACACCAAAACCAGCAUGAAUCUCCAGCAGCCAGCACCUCUCAUCCCCCCCGUCCACCCAGAUGUGCAGAUGAAGCCCCUCCCCUUCUAUGAUGUGCUGGACGUCCUAAUCAAGCCUUCAAGUCUAGGAGCGAGUCCUGCACAGAGGUACCACCAAGAAAAAUAUUUCAUCUUUGCCUUGACACCACAGCAAGUUCGUGAAGUAUGCAUAUCCAGGGACUUUCUACCAGGUGGCCGAAGGGACUAUAUGGUUCAAAUUCAACUGAGGUUUUGCUUGUCAGAGACAAGUUGCCCUCAAGAGGAUAACUACCCAAACAGUCUUUGUAUAAAGGUCAAUGGGAAGCUUUUUCCUUUGCCAGGUUAUGCACCACCACCAAAAAACGGCGUGGAACAGAAGAGACCAGGAAGACCUUUAAACAUUACCUCUCUUGUUCGACUCUCCUCUGCGGUACCCAAUCAGAUUUCAGUCACAUGGGCACCUGAAAUUGGAAAAACCUAUUCUAUGUCUGUGUACCUGGUGAGACAGCUGACAUCACCACUGCUCCUGCAGAGGCUGAGGAUGAAGGGCAUCAGAAACCCAGACCACUCCAGAGCACUAAUUAAAGAGAAGCUGACAGCAGAUCCAGACAGUGAGAUUGCUACAACAAGCCUUCGCGUCUCACUCAUGUGCCCGCUGGGUAAGAUGCGACUUACGGUGCCAUGCCGGGCGGUGACCUGCUCUCACCUGCAGUGUUUCGACGCUGCCCUCUACCUGCAGAUGAAUGAGAAGAAACCCACGUGGAUCUGUCCUGUGUGUGACAAGAAGGCUGCAUACGAGAGUCUCAUCAUUGAUGGUUUAUUUUUGGAGAUCCUGAAUGACUGCUCCGAUGUGGAUGAAAUCAAGUUCCAGGAGGAUGGAACCUGGUGUCCCAUGAGACCAAAGAAAGAGUCAGUCAAAGUCCCCUCUCAGUCAAUUCCAAAAGUUGAGACCUCGGCUCCUUUACGCCAGUCUUCAGUAGUCACCAACUCUACGGAGCCCAGCUCCACCAAGAAGGCAGAUGUGAUUGACCUGACUCUGGAAAGCUCCUCCUCCUCCUCCUCCUCUGAUGAAGAGGACACAGACCCUCCACUGAAGAAACGCUGCGUUUACAUUUCCAAGACCGAGGAGAUGCAUGCGAAGGGGGUGUUGACCUACCAGCCCACUGUGCGCGUGCCAAACGUCCAGGCCCUGGAUCCGACGUAUCUGACCUCUACGCUCGCUGACUAUGCAGUCCCCUUCCACCCAUCCACCCUAGCCACCAUCCCAACAGACAUGCAGAGUCUGGAUUUGUUUUCCUUAAUUCAAGCAGAUCCUCAGCAUUACCGGCCACAGAUGUUCCUGGACAACCUGACCAGCAGCAUGCAGAGUGCAGCCGCAGCCAGCACUAGCUCAGCCCUGGUGUCCUCCUCCAGCAGCCACUACGACACCAGCAGCCACGCCGCCAGCUCCCUCCACGAGACCCGGGUCAUCACAGGGGGAGGGGGCGCUGGAGGAGGGGCUGACAGUGGGAUAUCAGAUAUCAUUUCACUAGACUGAGCCACGUCUCGCUGGACCUUUUCAGGCCUGUUUUCUGUGGCCUUUUUAGUGCGGACUACGUGUACAUGCCAUGUUGAGUUGUACACAAGAGCACCCAGAUUGGUAUACAUGACUUCUUUGAUGGCCUGGACAUUUUCAUGAUGUUAAAAACUGUAUCCAGGCAUGUUUCGUUUUGCCCUUGGGUUUUUUUUACUUGCAAAUUAGUUUGGCAUCCUAUCUGCUAUGGUAGGAUGAUAAAUGGUUUGAUGCCCAAGGACAAUAUUGUAUGUCAGUGUAUUGUAAUUUCUCUUGAAGUACUCUUGACUUUAACAUUUCAUUCGUAUUCUGAUUUGGAAAUAUUCUCGUGUGCUGUCAUACUUACCUUAAUCACAUUAGAUCUAAAGAAUGGGAAGGAUUUAGCAUUGGUUAAGUCCAAUAUUCCCUGAUAUUUCAGCCUUGGUUUAGUCCAAUAUUCACUGUUGUUUUAGCAUUGGUUUAGUCCAAUAUUCCCAGGGGGACGUUCAGCCCCGACAAAACAGCAAAACGUUUAUUUAAACUGAAACUUAAUUGUUUAGUCCAAUCUUCUCCCAUUUGUAUAGCAUUGGUUUUGUCCAAUAUAUCCCUAGUGUUUUAGCAAUUGGUUUAGUCCAAUAUUUCUCCAUUGUUUUAGCGUGGCUUAAGUCCAACAUUUCCCCAGUGUUUAACCUUGGUUUAGUCUCCGUAUCCCUCUGGUUGCUCUCUUUACCCACCACUCAUUGAGUCCGCGCUGUGCCGUCGUGUGCCGGGCAGGGAGCAGACACUCGGUGGUAUCAGUGGAACUGGCAAUCCUCUCACAUUACAGGGAGUCAUUUUAUUUUAGUCUUCCUAUCAAAGAUAUUGCCUGGGGAACUUUAAUCAGUAGUAUGCCAUCAUACAGUAUCAUUAUGACAUGAGCAGCUAGUCUUUUGGCCACCCAUAUAUAGGUGUAGAAAUAUUACAAUAACCCUUCAAUGCUCAGCUCUGUAGAGGUUUUCCUGGCAGAAAGAUAAAUGUCUGUUAUUCUUUUUUCCCCCCAGUUGUUCCAGUUUUGGAAAUAUUUAGAGCAUUGAACUCCUCAUUUAUACCGAUUUGUAUUUCUUUGAACAUACAUGUGACUCUGACUUCAGCCUCUCCUGGCCUGGUUAGCAUGGAGCAGAGUCAGGACGGAUGGAAGAAGAGCGUGAACUCACUGCUCUCAGCAAGACUGUUUCACGCAACAACCAUGAAAGCAAACUAACGGUUAGAUGAGAGAGACUGAUAAACAUACUGUUGACUGAACAUGGGAGGCAGGUCAGUAAUCGAGAUAUUUUCAUUGGUUCUAACAGGUGUCAGUUCUUCAUUGAGGUUGAUUACAGGGCAGCUUUCAUGGCAAACCAAUGUAAAAUGUUCCUUUUGUCAUUUAGUCAGAGCAAUAAUUUAACUCGUGUUAGGUUAAAUAAAGUUGUAAAUGUAGUUCAGAUACUCCAUAAAUGAUUCUAAGCUGGUAUGCCCUGCUCUGCCUCCCAAAUUGGAUCCCUUUUUUUGUGUAUGGUCGGUUUAUUGGCUUAUAUAAGUUGUAAACAUGGUUUUGUUCUGUAAGAGAAAUAUACUUAAAGCAAUAGUUCAAAACUCAGGCGAUCACGCUCAUUGAUAUGUUCAGAUGGAUAUCAAUCUAAUGUCUAAGUACAGACCUGGAGUCAGGGCAUGGUAAGCCUAGCUUAGCAUUGCAUUGCAUUGCUGGAAGCAGGGGGAACAUUUAGCCUGGCUCUGUCCUACCGACACCUCCAAAGCUCACUGAUGAAUAUGUCCCAUUUGUGUGCUCCUUACACAAACGGAAAUGUAUGAACUACAGUUUGCGUUUGCCCCGAGCUAGCUGUCUCCUCCUCUGUCCAGUCUUUAUGCUAAUCUAGGCUAACUACGUCCUGACUCCAGCUCUGUGCUUAAAACAGACAUAGAUAGAUAGAUAGAUUAAUAUUCAUUUUCUCAUUUUAUGCUCAGAAGAAAGUCAACAAGUGUAUUUCCCAAAAUGUUAAACUGUUAAAACCUUGCGCGCAUCAGUUUUGACUCGCAUAUGAAUCAAUUUUUUAACUUAAUGUGAACGAAAGAGUUUGUUUGCCUCUAAGUGGGUGCAAAAUAUCUGAAAAAAAGGUUCAUGCUGCCAAAAGUCAGAUUAUGUUCUCUUCAGUUAAUAUUUGAAAGUCCUCUCUGUAAUUCCUCUGAGCGCUGGCCUCGGCUAUGUUUGGACUUUGUUGUAUGUUGAUGAUUCUGUGUGUUAUUUUGGGAUGGAUGUACAUUAACAUUUCCUUUCUCAAAGUUGACACCACUCAGUAACAUAAAGAAGGAUACACAGGGCAGCUACUGUAUCACACCUCCAUUAUCUUAUCUGGACUGCUUGCUGUGCAUGUGGACUAACAGCCAUCAGGAGCUCAAUCUCAGGGACCUACACUCCACUUUUCUGGGCUUGACGGACUGAGUGAAUUAAAAUACCGGCGCGUAGAAACAACAGUUAGAAUCUGUUGUUUCAGAAACUGAAAUACAGAUGGUAUGAUAUAGGCUAUAACAUUUGUACAUCAAUGUAUCUGUUUAAUUCAAUCAUACUGUUGGCAGUUUCAAGUUUCCAUGUUAAGGCUGUGAUAACCGUUCACCCAAAUUACAAAACACAAACUCACUUAGCUUUAGUUGUAUCCCGUUACGCGGGUGGUUUUGGUUUAUGUGAACAGGUUUUGAGAUGUCUGUCUCUGAGAUUUCAGUCACUCGGAAAUCAGUCGACAAAUGACAUUGCAAAAAUUCAACACGUUUUUCCAGAAGCAGUUUCCCUGUUAGUCGGGAGACAAUCUUGAUUAGAACUAUGGAAACGGUCAACUGAACUGUUGCUGAACAGAAUCCCAUUCUCUUUCAUUGUGUUGGGGUAGUGGCAGAAAUCCUAAAACCCAGGCAAAUAAAACCCAAACUGUAUCUGCAUGUAGAGAUAGCACUGGUAGCAGGUUAGAAAAUAUGAUUUUGUAAUUUUGGUGAACCAACCCUUAAAGUAAAAUAAGUUAAAAAAAAAUGUGCAAAUUCAACAACAUCAGAUAGAAGAAACCCUGCAGUAGUGUUUGCAUAGAGGUCACUGUUUUGUGGAAUUACUGAUUCGACGUUUGACUCUGUCUCUAUUCACCUGCGGGCAGAUGUUGGUGAUGUGGAUAUUUCUUUAUUUUGUACUCUUCACACUUUAUGGACUUUGAAACACAACCCAGAUCACUCUGACGUUUCUCUUGUGACACCAUGUUAACAGACUCAGAGAAAAGUACUCCUUGUUGUUUGCUCAGAUUCACGAGGUUUAUAACAAGAUGGUUUAUUACAAAAUUGUCUUUGUUUUCCUGUAUCUGUAAACUUGCAGCAUUUUAAAUUGUGGUACCAUG